CGGGAUGCUCCCGGAGGCUGCUCUGCUCUCUCUGCUCAUCCUUCUUGGCUCCUCCAGACCCAGGUCUUGUGAACUAGCUGACUCGCACGGAACAGCAAUGGUGCACAAAGAGUUGUCCUACUGCGUGUCAAGACAGUGGUUGGUUCUGAAACUCAUCUGAAGAGGUUCAAAGAAGCGUCUAGAUGUGACAUUGUCAGAGGAGGACAGAGAAGGUGACAGCUGCCUGUUGCUCUGCAGCUUGCAGGGAGACUGCAUGGCCAGCAGCCCUCACUGAAGACGUGACCAUGAGCGCCCCACUCGCUCCAAAGAAAACCUGUUUCGGCCAGUUGAGAGAUCACCGAGAGGGAGCAAAAAAUAAUAAUGACAGUGUUCUGAGGACGGGGGAUACAAAUGCCAAUCAAAUCAUGUUGGAGGUCAGCUCCUCUUGCGAUGAGCCCAAGUCAUGUGACCUGGAUGAUGAACUCGGAAAUGCGAAUUUAAGCCGGCCGCAGUACCACAGCCACUUCCAGAAGGAGCCCUUUCACCUGCAGGGCUUUGGGAAAGGGUCUCAGGCUGGCUCCAGCAGCCAGAGGGAGUGUCAGGCGCCUCUGAGUGUCCACAGGCAAUCGAGUGAAGAACACACAGUAAAAAGAGGUACCCUGCAGAGCCCUCAGAGCGUUCAGGGACCAAGUCUUUGCAGCUGGAGGAAUGCAGUGGGUCAACCCAGUCCAGAUGUUGCUGCUAAAAAGGAUGCUGAGAUUCCCAGACAUGUUCCCAAGGACAAAUUGGCCAAGACCCUUGACAACGAGGAGCUGAAAAGAGCUAGCAGCUCAGCGGCUGCAGCUGGCAGCGUGGCUCCCACAAACCUGCAGCCGGCGCAGCUGGACAUCUUCGAGCCACAGGGCCGUGUGCCUGGGCAUGGGGAGGGGCCACCAGCCAGCCACUCUCCAGGGAAAAAUCUUUCCCCAAGAACCUUAGAGGGGAAUGGUGUGUAUCUUCCUAAACCAUCUACCUCAGAAGCCGAGGGGUCCAGCCCCUCAGACACUAAGGUGGAAGGGACACACGACCUUGAUAUUUACAACGAGUGCAUCGCUCAUGCAGAACUGACUUCCUGUUCAGCUUCAUCAUUGAAGGAAACCCCCAGCCUCCGUCAUCCAGAAGUGUGUUUAGGACAAGGGGCAGGGAAGUCCAAAGUGGAGCUCAAAUAUAUCCAACCCAGGAAUGAGGAGACACUAACGUCAGCCCAGGUGCAAGGUCUCCGAUGGCCUAAGGAACAAAGUAUGUCACCCGUAGAGAGCAAGGAGCUACUCGAGAGGGCAUCCGGAGAAGCCACGAGUCAACUGAGCCGCAGCCACCACCAGCUUGGAGGAGGAAGAGGCAGCAGCCUGGAAGAAAUGAUUGGAGCUAGCGCUGCUGGGGAGGGGUCUCAGCAAGCCACCCCUGCACCGAGCGCCGCUCCUGCUGCUGGAGAGGCUGGUCCUAGACUCACAGGUAAAAUGUCAGCGGGUGCAGGUAGGAUGGUGAAGGAAACAACAUCCGGCAAAACUGCGCCUGACGACCGACCAGUAGCUCCCGUUCUCCGUGAUCCAACGGAGAGCCUGCCCUCCGAGGUCAGUGGGGAGGAGAGGAGGCUGGGGAACGGGAACUCGGGCAGUGCCAAAUUGUUGGCCUCAGGUCCUUCCGUGGGAGGGAGCAGAACCGAAGCCUCUGAGCUCUUGAGCCCUCGGGGUAGCAUCCCGGAAGUCAGAAAAAGCAAAGAGACAACAACACCUGUAGCUGAAAAUAGGAGCCUUCUAGGGAAUGCAGCCCAAACGGAUGACGUCACUGCAGCUGGAGUAGAGUCCCUGUUCAGUACCCCAGCUCGCCUCCACCCAGAGACAACUGUGAACUUGACUCAGCAUCCGAGUCCUCCAGGUAGCACGUCUCAGGAGCUCGGCGGCGCGUUCAGUGUGGACACAGGGUCACCCUCAGAGACCGCACCCUCCGCUGAUAGUGGGCAGGUAUUGAACACAUCCCCAAAAGUGCCUGACAAGACCUCUUGCCCCAGUGGGAUCCCCAAGCCUCUUACACCUCCCAAGGACAUGCCCUCCUCCCAGGAAGCCCCGGAGAAACUGGAGAUAGAAAGAACGGAAGAAAAGCCAGAGACAAAGCCCAUCGUCAUGCCCAAACCCAAGCACGCGAGGCCCAAGAUCAUCACUUACAUUCGCAGGAACCCUCAGGCGCUGAGCCAGGGAGAUGCUUCUCUGGUCCCUGUGGGCCUUCCGUAUGCCCCGCCCACAUGUGGCAUGCCUCUUCCUCAAGAAGAGAAGGCAGCGAGCCGUGACCUUCAGUCAUCUGCAAACAUGUAUGAGAAACUCAAGCCCGACUUGCAGAAGCCAAGGGUCUUCCCUUCUGGACUGAUGGUGUCUGGGAUCAAGCCCCCAGGGCACCAUUUCAGUCAGAUGAGCGAGAAGUUCCUGCAGGAGGUCACAGACCACCCAGGGAAAGAAGAAUUCUGUGCUCCUCCCUACACGCACUACGAAGUCCCGCCCACUUUCUAUCGCUCCACCAUGCUCCUUAAGCCCCAGCUGGGAUUGGGUGCGAUGUCUCGUCUCCCAUCGACAAAGAGCAGGAUUCUGAUCGCAAGCCAGAGGUCCUCAGCGAGUGCCAUCCACCCGCCCGGAUCCCUAACGACAGCCGCCAGUUUCUACGGUUCGGAUCCUUCAGACCUCAAGAAAGCCUCCAAUUCCAAUGCUGCAAAGUCCAGUCUACCAAAAUCUGGGCUUCGUCCUCCUGGCUAUUCACGACUUCCUGCAGCCAAGCUGGCGGCCUUUGGCUUUGUGAGGAGCUCCAGCGUCUCUGCGGUGCCCAGCACCCAAUCCCUGGAUGGCGGUGUGCAGCCGGAGCAGAGCAGGCCGGUCACCCGCUCAACCUUUGGGAAUGAAGAGCAGGCGCCUCUGAAGCAGGCUCUGCCUUCUAAGGAUACACCCAAGGGAGCUGGCCGGGCGGCCCCCGCGUCUUCCUCCAAUGCAACGACACCACGCAGGAGUCUGCUUCCAGCACCCAAAUCCACUUCCACGCCUGCUGGAGCAAAGAAAGAAUUGCAGAAAGAUCCAGAGGCCAAGAAGCCUGCUGUUUCGUCUCCCAAGAGGACGGCAUCUGCUGCUACUAAACUUCACUCCCCAGGGCACCCGAAGCAGAGGACCGCACCUCCUCGAAACGAGUUCGCACCCAAGCCUGACCCGCAGGCCCGGGAGGCGGAGCGGCAGGUGGUCCAGCGACUGAGGGACAGGUGUGAGUGGCAGGCCAGGCAGCUGGCUCUGACUCGAAGGGAGCUGAAGAAAGCCGUCCACGGCUUCGACGCCCUGGCUGUGUCCACUAAGCAUUUCUUUGGAAAGAGUGAAAGGGCCCUUGCGAAAGAAAAGGAGCUGUCAAUUGAACUUGCCAACAUCAGGGAUGAAGUUGCCUUCAACACCGCCAAGUGUGAGAAGCUGCAGAAGGAGAAGGAGGCGCUGGAGCGGAGGUUCGAGGAGGAACUGAGGAGGUUGGGCUGGCAGCAGCAGGCCGAGGUGCAGGACCUGCAGGAGCGGCUGCAGCAGCAGUUCCAGGCGGAGAGCGCGCGUCUGCAGGCGGAGCACCAGGACCAGCUGUUGCGCAUGCGCUGCCAGCACCAGGAACAGGUGGAAGACAUCACUGCCAGCCACGAGGCUGCCCUGCUGGAGAUGGAAAAUAACCACACGGUCGCCAUCACCAUCCUUCAGGAUGACCACGACCACAAAGUCCAAGAAUUGAUGUCUACCCAUGAGUUUGAGAAGAAGGAGUUGGAAGAAAACUUUGAAAAGCUGCGGCUGUCUUUACAGGACCAGGUGGACACGCUGACUUUUCAAAGCCAGUCUCUGCGGGACAGAGCCCAGCGCUUCGAGGAAGCUCUGAGGAAAACCACAGAGGAGCAGCUGGAGAUCGCGCUGGCUCCGUACCAGCACCUGGAAGAAGACAUGCAGAGCCUAAAGCAGGUGUUGGAGAUGAAGAACCAACAAAUUCACCUGCAGGAGAAGAAGAUCAUCGAGCUGGAGAAGCUGGUGGAGAAGAACAUCGUCCUGGAAGAAAAGAUCCAGGUGCUCCAACAGCAGAACGAAGACCUCAAAGCAAGGAUCGACCAGAACACAGUCGUUACCAGACAACUGUCGGAAGAAAAUGCUAACCUCCAGGAAUACGUGGAGAAAGAGACCCAGGAAAAGAAGAGACUGAGCAGAACCAACGAAGAACUACUUUGGAAGCUCCAAACUGGGGAUCCAACCAGCCCGAUUAAACUCUCCCCCACAUCUCCAGUGUACAGAGGCUCCUCCUCUGGACCCUCCUCUCCAGCCAGAGUCAGUACCACACCUAGAUGACAUCACCCUGCCACCCACAGGAGCUCAGGCUUCUGUCAUUCUGAGGGAGUGCUGGCCAGGUGCUAGUGGCCACCCUGUGCGCAUGCUCAGUAGCUGCAUAAUGCAUCUUAGGCAGCGUCCUCUCUGACCCUUGUGUGAGACCGUGCUGGUAUUGGUGCUUAGGAAGGCAUAAGCAGCAGGGUCUGGUGUCCCAAAAAAAGAAAAAAAAGUUUUAGUAUAGUGAGACGCAAAGGAAAAACAACUGCAAUUGCUCUUGAGCGAUGAACUUCCACGACAGAACUUUAGGUCAGUCACAAACAGCUCCAUUUUGAGUACACGAAACCCUCCUUGUACCACUGCUUGUGUGUAUCCAGAUGUGUGGGUAUACACCUGUGGCGAUUCUGAAUUGCAUUUUUUUUAUAACGCGAUGCGCUGACAUAUUUUAGUGAUGGUCAGCAGUUUUCUAACUUGUGCCUAAGAAUUAUUGGGAAAUGAAAAUGCAUUUCUAUCUAGUUUCCUUGAAAAUAUUUCUACCCAAAAUAGAGAAGAAGAAGAAAAAAAAAAAGAAAAAAAAAAAAAGAAGCAUGCCUAUCUGCCACUGAGUGGUACCCUGCUUAACCUAAACACCAGCGAUUUGUAGACGGUAACUGACUUUGGAGCAAUUUGCUUCUUGGUCCAAUGUGAGGUGGGGGUCACUGUUACCCCAAUGCAGGAUUUAAUUAUGACUUCUCCCAUCCUGAGGAGGUGAAAUGUAGCAGGGGUUGGGGAAUGGUCUGGCCAAUGUUCUCCCCUUUAGUGAUUCAUUUUUAUCUUGAAAACACCAGUUUUGCUCCCCACACCUCCAAAAAACGGCAUCUUGGAAUCCAUCAUCAAGCUAUUAUUACAUCCUCAGGAAAACAUGGAAACAUGUGACUUUUGCAGUGAGGGCGAGCAUGAACUUGCAGGAAAUCAAGAGCAGGCACGGCCCAUCCUCAUGAAGGAGAGGUGCUGAUAGGUGCCAACAUGGCCCCCAUCAUUGCCCCUCGUAGGCGACACCCCCACUUUCAGUUUGGUUCUAUGACUCAACCCCAGCACCACAUAUCAAGAUAGCUCAGGGGUUCUAGUCAAGGCUUCCAGAAACCAGCCUUUCUCUCUCAGAGAAAGGGGGUUAGGGGGAAGCCAGUUCUAAAGGUGCUAGAUCAUGUCCCUUCUGCUGGAGGGUCACCAGGGCUGCACCCGGCCAUGGUCCUAUCUUUGCCUCCCCCC